AUGACGUUCUGGCCGCCAACUAUGAAGACGAGCCACACGGUGAUGAGGACCCUCUGGUCUGGGUUUCUCACGAGCCUCGAAAUAAACGGCCGUGAUUUUCUCAGGACGCAACGGACAUGUUCAAUUGUCCGGUGGUAUGAGCGGAAGGGGCACCUGCCAACUGGAUGCUUUAAAUUCCCCACUGUAAUUGGAGAAUAUGCUCGGCGUAUCCGGGAAAAUGUUUCCAUAUGUAUGAAUUUGCGUUUAAAGAGGCGGGGAUGCGCUUGCCCUUUAAUGAUUUCCAUGAGGGGUAUCUCAAUGACUUCAAUUGGCGCCCUCUCAACUUCACCCGAACGCGCUGGCGUUUAUGCAGGCGUUCGAGCUUGUAUGCUAGUAUAUGCAGAUAAGGGCCACGCUGCCCCUCAUUUUCUAUAUCUUUCAUCUCCAAAGACAAUCAUUCGGAGGGGGGCAGGUGUGUGUGUCGUUCGAGCAGUUCGGGAAGCUCUUUAG